CACCUGGUACACGUUCACUGUUCAUUUUUCAAACUAAAACUGAAAACGAUAAAAGGUGAACGAAAGAAACUCUGAGCCCAGUUCUAGAAUUCUGUGUACCCGGUUCACUCAUCAACAAAGCCUGCAUUGCAUGCAGCUAUGGUCAUUAGUAUCGUAACAGAAAUGUAACUGUUGAAUCAGUCCAUCACCUCAGCAAUGGAUGCUGGAGAUUCGUCAGAAAAGAAACCGUUGAGAGUCAAAAAUCUCAACAUUUCUAACAAAUUAAUGCAAGAUAAACGCCAAUCGCUGAAUCCAUGUGAAAAGUACUUACGGGCCUCGCUAGAGUGCCAACUGAAUAGGGGUCGGGCAGCGAUUGAGUGUCGUGACUUCCACUUCCUUGCCAAGGAAUGCCAAGGACGACUACAAGAGGAAAUGCUGAAGGCAGGCAAAGAAAGGCGACCGGUUCACUUCGACCCAGACUUGGAAAUACCGCCAGUGCCUCCUGCCAAGUAUGACUUCUUCAAGUGAUCUAUAUUUUGCCUUUGGGCAAUGUGCAUCCUAACAUGUUCUGUUGCAUGGCUUGUAGAAAUUGAUGCAUUUCCGAAAUUCCGUUCUGUACAUAGUACUACUUGUACAUAUAGGGUUUGGUCCUCCAUACCAGGCGCCUACUUCUUACUCAAGAUCUAGAAUGCGAGUCACUGACUGCAAUGGAAAUGUGCAUGACGGUGUGCCGUUUUCCUCAGAGGAAUUUUUGCUUUUGCUAUUUCUUGCUGCUCUUCCUACCUCUUUUUUACUUGCGUACAUGGGUGUUGUAGGGUAGCGCCAAUAUCUGUACAUAGCCAUGCUGUUGCUGCUGCUGCUACCCCGAUAGUUCGUAGAUGUCCUGCAUUGCCCACAAAUAUGUCUGACCAAUUACCAACAGAUACUGCAUAUACCGCGGUACAUGUAUAGUAGAUGACAUCCGUAAUGUAUUCAGAGCUUUGGUAGGCUUGUAUAUACAUUGAAACAAAUCUUGAAAUUGUUCUUGCUUGAUGCCGACUUUAGUGCUACUUUGAAGUAGAUUGCAGUACAACUAGUGCCUUGUCUCAUUA